AAGAAAAGAAAAGGAAAAGAAAAAAAAAGAUACCACCUAAAUGUCGUGGGGAAUUGGAGGUGUUAUGCACUUCCUUGAGCCGAGAACGUCCGGUACCUGAUCGAUUACGACGGAUGGCCUCUUUACUUUCUCAACGUCACUCUUGUUGAGCACACCAUCCAAUGGAGGAUUGUUGCCCUGGGCCCUUAUUAUUGGCUUACAUGGCUGGGUUAUUCCUUUUGUGGAGUGAUAAUAGGCCCUUGGAUGAUCCCCAAACCGCGUCUGUCAGCGUGGUCAGAGCCCAAGAUUACGGGCCAUGUCCGUGGCCUUUUCACGUUUGCUACGCUGGGAAUCCAGUCCAAAGAGGAUAUUCAGAUCCUAUCAAAGAAGCAGAACUUGAACUAAAUUGCUUAUGCUUGUGUCCAGGCACUGAAACAAGGGUAAGGCUGAGCUAAAGUGGGCUGUGGCUUAUUGGUUGGCUACAUCUCUGCACGAUGCGCUUGAAACCAAAGAUGCAUUGGUAGUGUGGG